CCUGUCAUGUCAUUCACACCGUCUGUCAAUUUUUCGAGCAAAUUGCAAAAUUAUCGGAAUACAUUUGAUCCUUAUUGAAUUAUAAAAAAGAAAAAUGUUCAAUGAUAUUCACUUACUUAUUAAAUAACUAAAUAUAGAUAUAAUUACCAGUAGCAGUCGGGAAGGUAUCAUUUCUUCGUAUUCUGGUGUUAACUAAGAUGCAGUCGUCACUAGACGAUUUAGUGCAAUAUACACAGCUUUUCAAGCCGGUGCCACUGGUUCUGCAAGGGACUAUAUUACCAUUUUUGAUAAUUUACCCGGUAGUGUUUUAUUCAUGGAUAUUCGUAUAUGGUUUCGAGGAAAACUUCGAAGCUGGAUUUGUGACGGUCGCUGUGGUUGCUAUCAUACAAAUAUUGAUAUGUCUGUGCUGUUAUUGGAGUGUUCACAUUCAUUGUUUCCUUUCGUUUUCAGCGGUUAAAGAUCCUAUACAAGCUGAAAUAGUGAAAGUAGUUCCAACUUCUAACAAUGGCUUCUCUGAAAUUGUUAAACUGCAUCACACAAAGUCUGCAAAAAGGGACAGCCUCAAUCCAGAUGUUUGGUUCAUGUUUCAAAAAAGCAAGUAUGCAUAUGACUGGGAUAAGAAAACAUUCCACACAGUUGUAUUCCCUGUCAACAAAUCUUAUGAAGAGUAUAUGGAAUCUAAGGGGUACGGAGAUGAUGAAGCUAUAGAAGCUGCAGAAAAGGAAUUUGGGAAAAAUGAAAUGGUUAUGGUUGUACCAGAAUUCAUGGAACUCUUCAAGGAGAGAGCCACAGCUCCCUUCUUUGUGUUUCAAGUCUUUUGCGUUGCCCUGUGGUGCCUUGACAAGUAUUGGUACUAUUCAAUAUUUACUCUCGUGAUGCUUGUCAUGUUUGAGUGUACAUUAGUCCAACAGCAACUGAGAAACAUGUCCGAGAUCAGGAAAAUGGGUAACAAACCGUACAAUAUAAAUGUGUACAGAAGUAGACGGUGGCGGCAAAUUAUGAGUGAUCAACUUGUGCCUGGAGAUAUUGUAUCCCUCACACGCUCCGUCAAUGAAAACCUUGUCCCCUGUGACAUUGUGCUACUAAGAGGGUCUUGCAUAGUUGAUGAAUCUAUGUUGACAGGUGAAAGUGUUCCACAAAUGAAAGAGCCACUUGACAAUGAAAAGAGUCUUACCCAAAAUCUUGAUCCAGAGGGUGACGGUAAACUUCACAUGCUUUUUGGUGGAACCAAAAUAGUACAACACUCAUCUCCUGGUAAAAAUGUGUCAUCUGGCCUGAAAGCACCAGACAAUGGCUGUGUUGGUUAUGUCAUUCGUAAUGGGUUCAACACAUCACAGGGUAAAUUGUUGAGGACUAUUUUGUUUGGUGUUAAGAGAGUUACUGCCAAUAAUCUUGAAACAUUCGGUUUUAUAUUGUUUUUAUUGAUAUUCGCUAUUGCGGCGGCUGGGUAUGUUUGGAUUAAAGGAUGUGAAGAUCCAGAAAGAAACAGAUAUAAACUAUUUUUGGAAUGUACUUUGAUUUUGACGUCUGUUGUGCCUCCAGAACUUCCAAUUGAGUUGUCACUGGCUGUUAACACAUCAUUAUUGUCAUUGUCAAAAUUAGCGGUAUUUUGUACAGAACCCUUCAGGAUACCUUUUGCUGGUAAGGUUCAAAUUUGCUGCUUUGAUAAGACUGGUACAUUGACAAGUGAUAAUCUGGUGGUAGAGGGUGUAGCUGGUAUAGGAGAUCAUAAAGAUGCUUCUGUGAUUCCUCUUAGUGAAGCUCCUAUGGAGACCAUUCAAGUUUUGGCAUCUUGUCAUUCUUUAGUCCAACUUGAUGAUGGGAUUGUUGGUGAUCCUCUGGAAAAAGCGACCCUGAAAGCAGCAGAGUGGAAUCUUACAAAAGGAGAUGCAGUGGUGCCAAAGAAAGGGAAGUCACCAGGCUUGAAAAUUGUUCAUAGAAAUCAUUUUGCAAGUGCUCUUAAAAGGAUGUCUGUUAUAGCGGGCUAUCAGAUAAACGAGCGCGGUUUUAUGGAGACGCACUACAUCAGUAGCGUGAAGGGUGCGCCUGAGACUAUCAAAACCAUGCUGAAAGAGGUCCCUAGUCAUUACGACCAUGUUUAUUUGACAUUGUCGAGAAGAGGCGCAAGAGUGCUUGCUUUGGGAUACAGGAAUUUAGGUAAAUUAAGUUCACAAGAAAUAAGGGACUUGUCGAGAGAGGAUAUCGAGUCUGAUUUGACGUUUGUUGGAUUUGUGAUCAUAUCUUGCCCAUUGAAGAGUGAUUCGAAGAGGGCAAUAGCUGAGAUAGUAAAUGCUUCACAUUCCGUCGUAAUGAUAACUGGUGACAACCCACUGACAGCGUGCCACGUAGCUAAAGAACUAAAGUUUACUUCGAAACCUGAAGUGCUCAUACUGACGCAAGAAAGUGAGAAAUGGGGAUGGAAGUCGAUUGACGAAACAUUUGAUCUUCCAGUAAAACCAUAUAAAACUGCAAAUGAACUAACUAAUAAGUUUGACUUGUGUAUAACUGGUGAAGGUUUAACGUAUUUGAAUGAGCAUCAUCAUAAGUUUUUGAUAGACUUGAUGCCGUAUAUUAAAGUGUACGCUAGAUUUGCGCCAAAACAGAAGGAGUUUGUCAUAGUGACGCUGAAGUCUCUGGGGCAUACGACUUUGAUGUGUGGAGAUGGAACAAAUGACGUCGGGGCAUUGAAACAUGCGGAUGUUGGAGUAGCAAUAUUAGCGAAUGCCCCGGAGCGUCUGCGCGAGAGGCAGCGUGAGGACCGUCCCGUUGAGCCGGAGCGUCGGCCUCCCGCGGUGCGAGGGGACACACGCGCCCAGACGCGGGCUGAAGCCGCCGCGAACCUGCGCCGCGCCAUCAAGAAGAUGGAAGAAGAAGACCAGCCGCAACUCGUGAGGCUCGGCGACGCCAGUGUCGCUGCGCCGUUCACGAGUCGGCUGUCUAGUAUACUCUGUAUCUGCCACAUUAUCAAGCAAGGCCGCUGCACGCUGGUUACCACGCUGCAAAUGUUCAAGAUCCUAGCUCUGAACGCUCUGAUCUUGGCGUACAGCCAAUCUGUGCUCUAUCUCGACGGCAUAAAGUUCAGUGAUACGCAAGCAACACUGCAGAGUUUGCUGCUUGCUUCCUGUUUCUUGUUCAUAUCCAGGUCUAAGCCAUUGAAACAGCUGUCGAAGCAGCGUCCACUGCCGAACAUCUUCAACGUGUACACCAUAAUGACGGUGUUGUCGCAGUUUACGGUGCACUUCCUCUGCCUCAUCUACUUGGUGCACGAGGCGACCGUACGGUCUCCCGGCAGAGACCCGAGGCCUAAACUGGACAUGGAUUUAGCGGAAGAUGAAGAACGGGAGUUUGCACCGGAUCUUCUGAACAGCACUGUGUACAUCAUUUCUAUGGCUUUGCAGAUAUCUACCUUCGCUAUUAACUACAGGGGCGAACCCUUCAUGGAAGGACUCCGGGACAACAAGCCUCUUCUGUACAGUAUUAUGAUAUCGGGCGGCGCAGUACUGGCGCUGGCAGCCGGCAUCAUCCCCGAGCUGUCCAGCAUGUUCGAAAUCGUCUACUUCCCGCCAGACUACCGGCUGAUUUUAGUGCAAGUGCUGAUCGCAGACAUGGUGUUUGCAUACUUAGUGGACCGCGUGUGUCUCUGGCUCUUCGGCGAGGGCAACCCGCGAUCAUAGUAACCUACGAUCGCAGCAACCCGCGAUCGUAGCAACACGCGACUAUGCCAACCUACAAACGUAGCAACAAUUAUUGCAACCUGUAAUCGCAGCAACUUGCGAUCGUUGCAACCAUUGAUCGGGGCAACCUACUUACUACACGUUCCGAAUCUUAUUCCUGUACUAGCCAAUAUUAUGUGUAAAUAUUGAAGAACGGGCGUUGGGUCUGAUGCGUUAAAAUAGUGUCUUAUAAUUCGAUGCAAAAAAGUAAGCUUUAGUCUAUCAUUAGCGACAAAUUGAGAGAUAGGUAAAUAAAAGGUUUUUUUGUAUAACUAAAUCGUGAUAGCCUAAAUCUAUAUACAUCUCUUGCAUGGAAUUAAAAGACAGAUACACGUCUAAAAUGCAUUCCAUAGUAAUUUGUAUGCCAUGGCCAUGGCGUGUUAAAAAAUGUACCUCAAAUCGAACUGUCAAGUCGGUGAAUUUGAAUAUUGAAUACGAUAUUUAGGGACGCAAUAACCGCUCAAAUAUUAAAUGCAUUUAAGUAUGAAUGUGUCAGUGGUAUUUUAUUUAUAAAUGUGUAGUAACUUAUGUGUUGUCUUUCAACAAAUUGUCUAAGAAAUAAACUGAAGUAUUCUGUAAA